GGCACAUCCACGGACAGUACACACAUGAGCCGACGCCAGCCAGCGCCAUCUACAGGAUGUAAUGAGGAAAACUCUGCCCCGGUCCCCAAUGGAGUGGUGUGUCGGGGGGGGGGGUCGUGCCAUGACGUCUGCGCAAAUCACAAGCAAGUUUGUGUGCUCUGUGUUUGGCGCACACGCCACCCUAAUCCAAAAUACAUCAUCACAUUUGAGCUCUAAUGAUGUCGAACGCAAGGGGCGGCGUCAGGACGCAUUAAAUGCACGAGAGCAUUUGGUGGGCUUCGCAUCUGCUACCGUUCGACGUCUUCCAAUUGCACCGGAAGUCCACGGGAGCCCGUGACAGCUCAUGCCUGGUGAAAAGCCUAAAGUUGGCGGGGUGGUUGGGGCCACCAGAUCACUGUAUGCACUGCCUUCGCUGACAGGCGCAAUUAACCACGAUCCGACAAAAUCCAAAGCACCAAGUUACACUUUUGGCCAUACCUCUCACUCAAAAAAACAAAACACCUCACCUGGACCCGCUCAUUUUAUCCCCUCGAACAUCACCAAAAAUGGCCGCGAUGGAACACCGGCAUUUUCAUUUGGCAGACGUCGAAAGGACCGGGCACUUGACGAAAUGCCUGCGCCCAAUUGCUACCAUCUUGCAAAUGCAGAGAAGAUCACAUUUAGGUCUUAUCCUGCUUAUACUUUGUCUACAAGGUGGAAACAUGCAGUACCAAGCUACCAGACCACACCCGGUCCAGCAUCCAACAUGCUUCCUCCUGUUCUGGGAUCCAAAACUGUGAACAUACCUUCGGUGCCCGCACACACAAUCUGCGGUCGCAGCAAAAUUGGCAACUUUUUUAAUGAUUUGGCACAGACUCCAGGCCCCGCAGCCUAUCAAGCUGUGGACCCCAAAACGUACCUGAGGAAAUCUCCCCAGUACAGCAUGCCAGCCCGCAACUUCCUACCUACAAGCUUUACAAAGACACCAGCGCCUGGAGUGUACUGCCCUGAGAAGGUCACCUCCUCACACCUAAAAGCUCCAUCCUUCAGCUUUGGGCGACAUCACUCGGAAAACACCCUAAUCCCACUCACGGAUGUGGAUCGAAGUCAACGCUCAUUAACGCUUAUUUAAUUUCGCACUGAAGUAAAUGGUAAAAUCCAGCUGGUAGGAAUGAUAACGAGGGUACAAUCGAAAGACGACGACACUUUACACCCUAGAGCAGCCUUCAUCAAAUGCUUUAAGCCACACGUAGCGCUUUAACAUCCAUCCGAGCAGAAAUGGCACACCCUCAGAAAAGGUAUUUUAAAAAGUUAUGUUUAGGCAUGCAAUAUUAGCCAACACAAGCUUGAUUGUUGAUUUUUGUGAUUUGGGUACCAUACGUUCCAUCCAUUUUCUGUAGCGCUUGUCCUUGUUAGGGUCAACUGGAGCCUAUUUUAGCUGACUUUGGGCAAGAGUCGCCAGCCAAUCACGGGGCACACAUAGAUUAAUAACAUUCACACGUACACCUAUGGACAAUUUAGAACCUAACAUGCAUGUUUUUGGACUGCGAGCAAGCGGAAGUGCCUGAAGAGAAUCCACGCAAGCGCCGGGAAACAUGCAACCCCCACACAGGGACAAGGCCUGAGUCGAGAUUUGAAUCCAGAACUCCACAACUGUGAGGCAGACUAGCUAAUCACAAGGUCACCAUAUAUAUAGGUUUUUUUUUAAUAUAUAAAUAACACUUAUUAUGUGAAAGAAAAUUACAUACCACACUGCCAGUUUAAUCUUGUACAAGCUUUGUGAAUCUCUUCUCAAGAAUAUUUUUAAAAUAAAAAAAUAAUAAAUGAAAGUACUCUGCUAUUAUGUUAUUGCACAUUUUGUACACAUAUGUCUGAAAUUAAUAUAAAGAGAACCUAAACAGUACAGUACACACUCAGUAAUUUGCAAAUUGCCAUUCAAGAACCUACCCUUUGAUUCUUUGCAUAUUUUUGUGCUCCAUCUGUAACGUCAUAAGAAGCCGCCCAAACGCCGUGCUCCUAAAGCACCAUGUUAGCAGAGGAUUAGCUAGCGUUGGCCACCAUUUGAAAAAAGGUCUGCCUCGCUAUGGUACAGCGGUGGAACUGCUUGAUGCAAAGUACAGUAACCAAACUAAAGAUAGGUUGCAAAAUAUGUACAGCGGUGCCUUAAAAGUCCCAUAACAUCAUUUUUGUGUGUGUUUUUGUUAAUCAUGUUUGUUGUCUAUUAUGUUUGCAAGAUAAUUUGGGUUGGAAAUGCCCAGGUUGCCCUUUUAUCAAGCUCUUCUAGUUGGUUCAAAAUGCCUGGGAGAUGAGACGGGUGGAUUUCUUAUUGAUAUUCGAUAUUAGAAUAAGCUAUGCUCUGGUUGGACCACAUAUGUCAAACUUAACCAGGUCAUGGAGUCAUUUUGACCUGUUCUGCAUUAAACAGUGGAAAAAUAUGGAUUUUUAUGGCAUAUGGGACCUUUAAGGUAUGUGUUUAAUUAGUUCUGUGACAUUAGUCUCAAUCUCAAACCAUCUUUCCCCAUUGAAACUAAUGGAAAUGCGAUUCAUCUGUUCCAGCCCACCGAAACACCCAAAAUUCAUUUUUCACAAGCAAAAAAUGCACUCAACUGUAUUAUAUAAAAACCAAAAACAUUUGCUCUCCACAUAACAAAACACAACUGUACCUAAUGUACUGUGCAUCCUUGUUCUUCUGUGGUGUCUAUUGGCAGUUGGCAAACCAGUUUAAUGAUGCAAUACCGCCACCAACUGAUAUUGUCCUUCCACUGCAAGGAAACCAAUGUGAAUUGAUGGUGGCCGGAUGUUGUGAAGUGUACUGCCGCCAUCUAGCGGUGCGGAUCAGAAGCGCACUAAUCUCAAAACUGGAUCAUGUGGCAGCUCUUAUUUUAGAAAACUCGAAAGUCCAGGAAUUGCGCUUUGAAAAAGUACUUAUCACUGAGUCAGAAACGUAAUAAAAUGACUUAUGGUAGUUGGUAUUUUUAUAGGAUGUGCAGGGGCGACAUACAUGCCAGUGUCCUCACUGUAUUUUUUCAUAGUCAAAUCAUCUCCAAGACGGCUGCACGCAUGAAGCCAGGCUUCACUUCCUGCAAAAACAUUCCAGUUCAGUGAUUAAAUGAGGAUUCAAAUAGUAAGCAGUGUUUUAGCAUGUGUCCCAUUGCAUCAGAUGACAAAUGGUUGGAUUUACGGAGACCACUAUUGCACUGAUUCUUUUUAAAUCCCUGUUUCUUUUCUUUCAGGCAACCUACAGGAUACUGAUUGGGAUCUAGCCUAUGAAACUGAACACGAUGACAGUACCUCAUGUGAAUAAAAGUGCAAGUAAUGUAUCCAAAAUCUAAGGAAAUCCCCAAUUUCUGUACAAACAAGUGUCCAGAAGUAAUCGUCAUAUAAAUCGCCUCGAUGUAAAUCUCUUGAUUUUGUUGUUUUGUCCCAUCCUGUUGCCAAGAUAAUUUGUUGUGCAAGAACAACAAAGUGCAACAACAAAUAAAUUGUUUAGAUGAAUGACAAUAACUGAAAAUAUAAAUUAACAAACGGUAUAAAAUGAAAAAAAACAAGGUGAUAAAUUUGGUUUAAAAAAGAUGAAAUUAAAGAUUUUUUUUAACUGUAAAGACGUG